GCACAUGCCCAAUCCUCACGCCCUUCCCCCCUAUCAAUACGCACCCGCAGACUACUCCACCGCCGGUCUCCCUCCUCCCCACCAAGUACACGCCAUCCCUCCCGGCGUGCACGACCAGUCCCUCCCCUCUCCCGAGCAGCAACAGCAGCAGCAACAACAACAACAGCAGCAGCAGCAGCAGCAGCCCAACGCCAGAACACUCAGCCAGAGCAAGCGAGCAGAGCAGAAUCGGAAGGCCCAGCGCGCGUUCAGAGAGCGGCGAGACCAACACGUGAAGGCCCUCGAGUCCCGCUCGCAGCUCCUCGACGCCGCCCUCGCGUCCGCAGACGAAGCGAACAGGCGCUGGGAGGAAUGCCGUGCCCUCGUCGAUCAGCUGCGCAUCGAGAAUGCCGCCCUCCGCUCCGCGCUCAGCCAGGCGCAGGUCAUGUCCGGCAACAAUUCUCUCAACAACCCAUCGGGCGACAAGGGCGGAGAGAAGACCGACACGUAGGGAUGGUGGGCCGCCGGACUGUCUGUGUCGUCGCGAUUGGAUCGAGGUGUUCGCAUUCAUACUUUCUCUUGGCUCACUGUACACCAGCCGUUCAGUUUUACAAAACGUUAGCCAUCCUCCCAACGUGUCUCCGUUCUGGUCGUAAUCCCGUUGAGCCUGAGCACGGUCGCCGAUUGUACACUACCCGUCUUUAUUCUUCAAAUUUUCGCCUGUUGUUAUCCG